GAGUCCAUCCUCAGCCCUGGACCUGUCGACCACUUUGCUGGAUUGAACUUUUGCUGGAUUUCUCUCUUCCCCUAUUUGUCCACAUCCAAGACUGAACUUCUCCCACUCUUAAUUUGGCUAGCGGUUAUCCAAAGUGUGUUCUGAACUAGCAGAAAUCCAGGAUGUCUUUACCAUUCUACCAGAGACAUCACCAGCAUUUUGACCGUGCAUAUCGUCACAAGGACCUGGAGUCCACUCUAAGUCAGUACCAAAAGGAGGAGAAGCGUAAAUCUGCCAUCUAUGCUCAUGGAUCUACUGCCUACAGUCAGGCAACUGCAUUGGCCUACCGCUAUGGGUCUACUCAUGACCAACUGUCUACAGCAGCUCACCAUGAAUUGGCUGAAGCUACUUCUCAUGAAUCAGCAGCUCACAGUAAAAAAUCUGCAGCAUACAGCCAAGAAUCCCACUUGAUGAGUAAAAAAGCAGAGUCCCACCAUCUUGGAUCUGAAUUGGUCAAUAAGAAAGCUGAAGCCUAUCGCCUUGGAUAUGAAACAUACAGUCCAGGAAAAAUGAUAGAGGAUUCUUCUUUGAAGCUGAGUCCCAAAGCAAAGCGAGCUAAGCAAAGUCUGCUGUCUCAGGAGAAAGAGAACACUGCUAUUGACUAUGUGGUACCUGUGUUCACAGGAAGUCAAACUUAUGUUAGUGGGAUUACAGACACAGAACAAGAGAGAAUUAAGGAAAGUGCUGCAUACAUUGCCAGAAGGAACCUUUUUGCAACUGGUGAAGGAAUUACUGCAACUCACAGAGAAACUUCAUCCUCUGUGGAAGAAGAAAGACAUGAAAAGAAAUCAAGAAAAGUAGCAAUACGAGAGAAAGCUGAACGAAUGGCUCUAAAGAAAACGUUAAGAGAGACAGAAGAAUUCCGCAGAAAGUUGAAUGAAGAUGGUCUGCUACAUGCUCCUGAGUUUGUCAUUAAGCCUCGUUCACAUACCGUCUGGGAAAAACAAAAUGUCAAAUUGCACUGCACCGUGGCUGGCUGGCCAGAACCUCGCCUGACAUGGUACAAAAAUAACGUUCCCAUCAAUGUCCAUGCUCAUCCUGGCAAAUACGCCAUUGAAAGUCGGUAUGGGAUGCACUCCCUGGAAAUUAACACAUGUGCGUUUGAUGAUACAGCCCAAUAUCGUGCUUCUGCUAUGAAUGUAAAAGGAGAACUGUCAGCCUAUGCUUCUGUGGUGGUGAAGAGAUACAAGAAGGGAGAAUUUGACGAAAGUUUUUUCCAUGCAGGAACUGCCACACUACCCCUGAGUUUUGGUGUUACACCCCAUGGCUUUGCUUCCCGGUUUGAAAUCUACUUUGAGGAUGCAUUUGAGGUUGCCUUUGGAAGAGAAGGUGAAACAAUGAGUCUGGGAUGUACAGUUAUUAUUCGCCCUGACAUCAAGCGCUUCCAUCCAGAAAUUGAAUGGUACAGGAAUGGAGUUCUGAUUUCACCAUCUAAAUGGGUAAAAACACACUGGAGUGGCGAAAAAGCUACACUGACACUGACUCAUGCUAACAAAGAGGAUGAAGGCCUUUAUACCCUCCGUGUGAUAAUGGGGGACUACUAUGAGGAAUACAGUGCUUAUGUUUUUGUUAGAGAUGCUGAUGCAGAAAUACCAGGAGCCCCUGGUGCUCCACUGGAUGUGCAGUGUUUGGAUGCUAACAAGGAUUAUGUCAUCAUCUCCUGGAAACAGCCAGCUGUUGAUGGAGGAAGUCCAGUGUUAGGAUACUUCAUUGAUAAAUGUGAAGUUGGUACUACCCAGUGGUCCCAAUGCAACGAGACUCCAGUGAAGUUUGCUCGCUUUCCCGUCACAGGUUUAAUAGAGGGGCGCUCCUACAUAUUCCGAGUUCGAGCUGUAAAUAACGCUGGAAUAAGCAUUCCAUCCCGUGUUUCAGAGCCUGUGGCAGCGCUGGAUCCUGCUGAUAGGGCUAGGCUUAGAAGUCACCCUUCUGCUCCUUGGACUGGACAGAUUAUUGUCACUGAAGAGGAGCCUACAGAAGGCAUCGUUCCUGGGCCACCCUUAGACCUUCAGGUUACAGAAGCCACAAAGAAUUACAUUGUGCUUAGCUGGAAACCUCCUUAUGAACGGGGUCAUGAAGGUGUCAUGUAUUUUGUUGAAAAGUGUGUUACAGGGACUGAGAACUGGCAAAGAGUGAACACUGAGAUUCCUGUAAAAUCCCCUCGGUUUGCACUUUUUGACUUAGCUGAAGGCAAGUCCUACCAGUUUCGUGUCCGCGCUUGUAAUUCAGCUGGAAUUGGUGAGCCAUCAGAAGCCACUGAAGCCACAGUAGUUGGUGACAAACUUGAUAUUCCAAAUGCCCCUAGCAAUGUUGUACCCACCAGAAAUACAAAUACCUCAGUAGCUCUCACCUGGAAUGAACCAAAAGAUGCAAAAGAACUGGUUGGAUACUACAUAGAAGCAAGCAAAGUUGGAUCUGGUCACUGGGAACCAUGCAACAACAAUCCAGUAAAAGACACAAGAUUCACUUGCCAUGGACUUAUUACUGGAGAUCACUACAUUUUCCGUGUGAGAGCUGUUAAUGCAGCUGGACUCAGUGGAUUUUCCCCAGAGUCAGAAGCAAUUGAAGUCAAGGCAGCUAUUGGGGGAGGAUUGCUUCAUGGUGUAUGUCCUGGACUAAGUGGUAAAGCUGAUGGACUAACAGACCACACUACCAACUGGGAAGGCAUGCAUGAGUCCUCCCAGCCUAUCUUUGACACAGAUGCUUUGUUAAAAUGCAAUGCUAAACCUAACAGGCAAACAUGGCCCAGUAGCUCUGGUAAGCAGAGGAGUCCAGCAGACAAUAAAGUGAGUGAAACAGUUCCUACACCUUCGGCACAAAAGCCAACUACCAAGCAGGCAAGUAAGUCUCAUCCUGGGAAUCGUUCAGCAUUGGAGACAAUGAAGAAGAAAAAUGAUAUAGCUGCUCCUUCUCCACCUUAUGACAUCACUGUGCUUGAAAGUGUUCGUGAUGCAAUGGUUCUUGGAUGGAAGCAGCCAAAAGCUAUCGGUGGAGCUGAAAUAACUGGCUAUUAUGUGAAUUAUCGGGAGGUGAUUGAUGGAGAACCCAGGGAAUGGAGAGAGGCUAACAUUAAACCUGUUAGCGAGAGAGCAUACAGGGUGCAUGACUUGAAGGAAAACAUGACAUACCAGUUUCAAGUAGCUGCUGUCAACAUAGCUGGGGUUGGAAAACCUUCUCCAGCUAGCAGACCCUUCAAAUGUGAAGAAUGGUCCAUCGCUGUUCCAGGACCACCCCAUGAUUUGACAUGCAGUGAAGUUAGGAAAGACUCUUUGGUUGUAUUAUGGAAACCACCAGUGUAUAUUGGCCGAACUCCUAUAAUUGGUUAUUACGUUGAUGUGAAGCCAACACAUGCAUCAGAGGAUCACUGGAAGAGUGUGAAUGAGAAAGCGAUUACAAACAAAUUCUUGAAGGUGAGUGGCCUAAAAGAAGGCACCAGUUAUGUGUUCCGUGUACGAGCAGCAAACAAAGCUGGAGUUGGGAAGCCUUCAGAUCCCACUGACCCUGUAAUAGCUGAAACCCGACCAGGAACUAAAGAAGUUGUAGUUGAAGUAGAUGAUGAUGGAGUUAUUUCACUGAACUUUGAAUGUGACCAGAUGUCUCCAGACUCCAAAUUCGUCUGGUCCAAGAAUUAUGAACCAAUUGAAGACGACGCUCGAUUAGCCAUUGACACCAAAGGUGGAAAGUCAAAAGCAGUCUUUAAAGAUCUCAGUGAAGAAGAUUUAGGUGUUUACUCCUGUGCUGUAACAGACACAGAUGGUGUUUCAUCGAGCUAUACAAUAGAUGAGGAAGAAAUGAAGCGUCUGCUUGCACUCAGCCAUGAUCGCAAAUUUCCUGUUGUUCCCCUUAGGUCAGAGUUGGCAGUUGAAAUUCUGGAGAAGGGACAGGUGCGAUUCUGGCUGCAGGCUGAAAAGCUGUCUGGCAAUGCUAAAGUCAACUUUGUAUUUAAUGACAAGGAAAUUUUUAAUGGAGAGAAAUACAAGAUGAAGAUUGACCACAAUUCUGGCAUGAUUGAAAUGGUUAUGGAUAAACUUGAAGAUGCUGAUGAAGGUACUUACACCUUUCAACUUCAAGAUGGAAAAGCAACCAACCAAUCCAGUCUUGUUCUAAUUGGUGAUGUGUUCCAGAAACUACAGAAUGAAGCACAAUUCCAGAGGCAAGAAUGGUUCAGGAAGCAAGGUCCACAUUUUGUUGAGUAUCUGGGAUGGGAAGUUACCGCUGAAUGCAAUGUUUUAUUGAAAUGCAAGGUAGCUAAUAUUAAAAAAGAAACAUACAUUAUUUGGUACAAAGAUGAAAGAGAGAUUAUGGUUGAUGAAAAACAUGACUUUCAGGAUGGUGUAUGUACUCUGCUGAUAACAGAGUUUUCUAAGAAAGAUGCUGGUGUUUAUGAAGUAAUACUGAAAGAUGACCGAGGAAAGGACAAGAGCAUAUUGAAGCUUCAAGAAGGAGCUUUUGCAGAUUUGAUGACGGAAGUAUGCAAAAUGAUUGCUUUAUCUGCAACAAACCUGAAAAUCCAGAGCACAGAAGAGGGUAUCCGAUUAUAUUCCUUUGUUAAUUACUACUUGGAAGAUCUGAGAAUAAGCUGGUUGCACAAUGACGUCAAAAUAAAAUACACAGAGAGAGUUAAGACUGGUGUCACUGGGGAGCAAAUCUGGUUGCAAAUCAAUGAGCCAACACCAAAUGACAAGGGAAAAUAUAUAUUGGAGCUCUUUGAUGGUAAAACUGUACACACAAAAACUGUGGAUCUUUCUGGGCAAGCAUUUGAUGAAGCCUUUGCUGAAUUCCAGAGGUUAAAGGCAGCUGCUAUUGCAGAGAAAAAUCGUGCCCGGGUACUUGGAGGACUGCCUGAUGUUGUCACUAUCCAGGAAGGCAAGGCCCUUAACCUUUCUUGUACUCUCUGGGGAAAUCCUGCUCCAGAGAUUACAUGGUUGAAGAAUGAAAAGCAUCUGAUAGCAGAUGACCACAUCAUCCUGAAAUAUGAAUCAGGGAAGCAAGCAUCCUUCACCAUCACUGCUGUCAGCACAGCUGACUCAGGGAGAUACAGUUUUGUUGUGAAAAACCAGUAUGGCACGGAGACAAGUGAUUUCACUGUAAGUGUAUUCAUACCUGAAGAAGGGAUGGAGGUCCCCCAUCCAGAACAUGGUAAAGAAGAUAAGAAAAAGAAGGCAUCAAGCUAAAACUAAGAAGGACAAAUGUUGGGGAGAGCUAGAAUACUAUCUGGCUUAAUAAUUGUGUGUGUGAACUGUUUUGCCUGUGUGUUGGAGCUAGAUCUGGAUCCUUCCACUCUCUUCAUUUGAGGCGUAAUCAGUCGCUUAUAUCGGUAAACAUGGUUAACGCUUCACCUCCACCAUCACUUUCUGACACAUGUUCUUCAGUAAGACCAUCAGUGAGUGAAUGUGGUAACUAGAAUUUGGCUUUUCCUCAAUGUCCAGGCUUCUGUAUGUUACAAGCAUAAUUUUUAAAGAAUUCAUUCAGUCAAUGAAGGGAGUGAAAGGAUGAGUAAGAAGUUAUGCAUUAUUGGAGAUGUUUGCUCACCAAGAAUGCAGACUGGAUCAUAUUGGUAAUCCAGUAUCAACAGAGUGUACUGUACUAGAAAGCAGCUGUUAAAGGAAAACAAUGUAAGUGUUGCCAGGAUAUUAAUACACGCUAAUGUCAAUGAAAAUUUGAACGCUCCUCAGUAUUCACAAAUAAAUACAUGAAACACUUUUCUUUCA